AUGGGAGCAGUUCGCGUAGAGCGCGUGCAGGAUUUCGAAUGGAACACUGGUGCGGGGGGGGCUGCUGCUCAGGACCGCUGCCAAAACGAGGGCACGGUGAACGGCUGUUUGGACCCGCACUUUGUGGUCCAGACCUCCUCAGGCCUCGCCUCUCAGGACUUCUCUUUUGACUUCCAUGGGUUGGCAAAUAAGAUAUACUGCAUGCUGGCGGAUAUUGCCCUGCAGUUGAAUGUGCGCAUGUUUGGGAUUCCGCCAGCAUCCAAGGUGAUUGAGCGAAAGUCGGACCUUGGGGACGACUUCUUCACCGGUACGUGGAUGGACGCCAUUGGCUUUGUCUAUACCAGCAAGGGCGGGGCUCCAAAGAAUCUUGCAAUCGAGCUGGACCACGACAAGGCACGCAGUGGAGCGUUUCCCUUUCGUGUGGUACAUGAUGGAGAGGACCUGAGCGAGAUUUUGGUGGCUCAGGAAGGUGCCACGUGGACCAGUCAAGAUGGAGCCGUAACCGUCUCACGCCCACCCAAUAGCGUCAGCAUUCUGAGUGUUGACAUCAAGGAGGUUUUGAAUAUGGUCGUGAGCUCCGAAACCGAGGAGGAGAUCAUUGUCGAGCCGCGCAUCUACUUCCUCAACUUCGAGCUCAAGAAUAUAGUCACAACGCCUUCAGUGCACGGGUUUUUGGGCCAGAUGUAUGCCCCUGGAGCAAUCGAAGAACGCCUAGCGAUGGGGACUCUGGAGGGGUUUCGCCAUCGCGAGUACGUGGAAGGUACUGAUGAGGAGUACGAGACAUCCGAUCUCACCGCAACGGAUUGCAGCUUCAACCGUUUUGGCAAAGCCCAAUCUAACGCGGUCGACCUCAAGGGCACGGCUUCUUCAGACACAACUAUCAACCGUCGCCUAUUACAACACUCGCCUUCGAUCGACACGGGGAUCAUUGGCCUCGCUUCUUCCCCAUUUGCAUGCCACUUGGUGAACAAGCGUCUAGGGGCUAUCUCCAUCUCAUGUGAAGCCAAUGGGUUGUAA